GUUCGACUACGCCCUGCUUCGUCUCCUCCGAAGUGACUGUCUUUCCUUAUACUGUGUCGUAUGUUGCAUUCUUGCACACUUUCUCCAUAACACACCAUCACCGGACUCGAACGCAGCAGGAGUAGUCGUCGUGAUGGCUAGCGUCGCACGACCUCCGCAUUCCUUGCUCGACGUCGUCCACGAUGCCAUACAACACAAACUAGAGGACCACGAGACAGACCAUGACCGUCCGGAGCACCCCCUCACCCCGCCUCUCGGCAAGACCAACCAAGCCGAGCGGCUUGUGAAUCCUGACGCGGUCCAAGGCAACGCGAAUGAGCAACCACCGCCGGAUGAGCACGGCGAAGCAGCUCCGACUGCGGUUGCGCAGGAGGUAUCUCGACGGACGGACUCACCCGAGCAGGACGACGAACCACCGUCACCACUCAUCUCGCGUGAGCAGGCCAGGCAUAGGCCGCGCCUCUCCUCAGGCUCUGGUGUCCGUCUACCACCUCCGGACACGCCUUCUGGACGCACAGGUCCUCCCCGUUCCAUCUCACGGAGCUACUCACUCUCACAGUCCGGACGCUUCGACUCGAAAAUGCAUCGCAAGCGGGCGUCGGAGCCAACCAAUCAGGACGAGGGCGAUGGUCCUGACCGCACCUCUGAGUUCCGUACAACUACCCCCUUCCGCGACGCCAUGGACUACCAGGACCCCCACCAACGCGAGCGCGAACGGCACAGAGCCGAGAAGAUGGCAAGAAGACGUGAUAGCGCGGCGGGCCAUGACAUCUGGAGCGCGAUGAAGAAGCGGCUGGACACCCCGCGAGAGGAGCACUCGCAAAUUCGAUGGAUGAUUGAAGGUGGUGAGGAGGAGAAUGAGAAGGAGAAGGGAGCCGAGGCCAAAGGCAAGGAAAGAGCUCAGGGAGGUGCGGAACCGGAGGCGAAGGAGAAACACGAGAAGGUAAAGGUCGGAAGUCCUGUCGCGGACAAACACCCAGAGACAGCACACCCACCAGGCAGUCCGUCCAGCUAUUUUCAGCAACAUUCGCAGUCCAUGCCGCACAUUCAGCGCAGUCAGUCUGAGCAGCCGCCGCCGCCGCCGCCGCAGCCGCCGCAGCAGCAGCAGCACGCGAACGUCGCACCGAAGUGGAAUCGACUGCGCUCCCUCAUCCCCCAGAUCGCGGCUCAGCACAAGAGCCAACAUGCGCCCCCAGCGUCCACGGUAGUCCCGCAGUCGGUGAAUAUCACUGACGAGCUGAUUGCGGGAGGCUUGUCUGCGCUUGUCCUGAGACUCUGGUUUGAACGGGACGAGCGGGAUCAUAGGCGGGUUCCUAUCCUCUUCCACCGCUUGCGCAUUCGCGUUAGCGAUAGCUUGCAUCCGCUUCAUGGCAACAAGGCCGUCUUCCGCAUCGAGUGCGAGUACGCGAACGGUGCCGUGCGUUGGGUGGUAUACCGACAGCUGCGCGAGUUCUUGUCGCUACAUGCUCACUACACCGUUUCGAAUGCAUACUUCCGAAACGUGGAAACGCUCCCAGACUUCCCCAUGAUGAGUCUGCCCUACUUCAAGUUCCUCAAGGAGCGAGGACGAGAUGUCGGACGAGCGGAUUUUGCCCGUAUGCAACGUGAAGCGCUUGAAAACUACCUCAUCGGCCUCGUUCGCGCAGUGAUGUGGCAUCCGUCAGCGAACCGUCUGGCAGGGUUCCUUGAAAUCAGCGCACUUAUGGUUGCACUUGCGCAGUCGGGUGGCGCCCAGUAUAAGGCGGGUACACUGCGAAUCGACACUAUAGGCAACAAGGGCAACCUAGGGCGUCGAGCGACCUCCUGGCGAGAGCGUAAAACGCCGAAGUGGUGCUCAGUCCGCGAGAGCUACCUGGUGGUACAUGAGGAAGUCGGCGAGCUUACUGUCUGGGACGUGUUCUUGAUCGACACGGAUUUCAAAAUCGAGCGACCGACGCGUUAUUACCGGCAAGGUCUGAACCUUCUUCAGCACUUCGAGGACGAUCACCCGGAAGUGGUGCCACAGUCCGGGCACGAGAGCGCCAUGGUCGAGCACCACGAGGACCACCCUCACACCUGGCACAAAAUGAGUUCAAUUAAGAGCCACAUCGGGAACCUUCUACACAUCCACCAACACCAAGACUCCGAGAAGUCCCGGUCUGCGUCGCAUGUCAACGAGAAACACGCGGAUGGCGAUCCCCGUCAUAGCAAUGGUCGUGCUGGUACCGAUCCUGGGCAUCACAGACCGUCUCUUUCGGCUACUUCAUUUUCGUCGUCAUCGUCAUCGUCGAGGCCGGUGACACCGAUGCUCGAUCCUUCAACGAACACGAAUCCGUUGCUGGGACCCGAGGACCAUGAUGAGUUCAAGCAUGACGAGCAGGAAACAAAUAGCAAGAAGCGAAAGAGUCGGUCGAGGGCGAAUGAGGUGUCGAAGCAUACGUUCUACAUCGAAAACUCGCAGAUGCGGCUCAAGCUAUUUGCUAAGAAUGAGCGACAGAUGCUUCAAUGGAUCGCAGCGCUCGAGCGAGUCGCAAGAGAUUGCCACUACACGGGAAAGAACAGGUUCGACAGCUUCGCGCCAAUCCGUCUCAAUGUCGCAGCUCAGUGGUUGGUCGAUGGUCGUGACUAUUUCUGGAACCUCUCUCGUGCUAUCAUGCUGGCGACGGAGUGUAUAUACAUUCAUGAUUGGUGGCUAUCUCCUGAGCUCCAGAUGCGUCGACCUGGCUUGCCCAAGUAUCGGCUGGAUAAUCUCUUGGAGCGUAAGGCGAAAGAAGGCGUCAAGAUCUAUAUCAUCCUUUACCAAGAGGUGUCCAACAGGACGACACCAACGGACAGCAACUAUACUAAACAGAGGCUCACAUCGCUACAUCCAAACAUCAUGGUACAACGGUCGCCGUCGCAUUUCCAGACGGGAACUUUCUAUUGGGCGCAUCAUGAGAAGAUGUGCGUGAUAGAUCAAGCCAUCGCAUUCAUGGGAGGUUUGGAUCUGUGUUUCGGACGAUGGGACACUCCACAGCAUGUCAUCAUCGACGACCCGGAAGGCAUGCAAGACAGCGCCGAACAGAUCUGGCCUGGCAAGGACUACAGCAACCCCCGUGUGAGCGACUUCCACACCCUCAACAAGCCCGAUGAGGAUAUGUACGAUCGCGCCAAGAUUGCAAGAAUGCCUUGGCACGACGUAGGCAUGCAAGUCGUGGGGCAACCCGCUCGUGAUUUGGCGCGUCAUUUUGUGCAGAGGUGGAACCACCUCCUGAGAAUCAAGAACCACACGCGCAUGAUGCCCAUGUUACUGCCGCCGCCCGAAUUCCGGCCUGGUGAGCUCACGCAAAUGGGACUUACCGGGACAUGCGAGUUCCAGAUCUGCAGAUCGGCAGGACCGUGGUCAUUGGGCACGCCCGAACGGAUUGAACAUUCUAUCCAGAAUGCCUAUCUGAAAGCCAUUCAGAUGUCGGAGCACUUCGUCUACAUUGAGAACCAAUUCUUCAUUACAUCCACUGUCGUGAGCGAGGUGCCCGUAGAAAACAAGAUCGGGGACGCUCUUGUCGCUCGCAUCAUUCGGGCGCACCGAGAGAGGACCCCGUGGAAGUGUUGUGUGAUCAUACCGUUGAUUCCUGGAUUUACAUAUCCCAUCGACCACAGUGAUGCUACUCCGAUUCGCAUAAUCAUGGAAUGCCAAAAUCGUACCAUUUGUCGCGGCCCUAACUCAAUCUUCGCCCGCUUACGCAAAGAGGGUAUAGAUCCCGACGAUUAUAUCGCAAUCCUCUCUUUGAGGAACUGGGGCAAAUUGCGUGACGGGGUUCUGACAACAGAAGAGGUCUACAUUCACGGCAAGGUCUGUAUAGUAGAUGAUCGACUCGCGAUCAUUGGGAGUGCGAACAUCAACGAGCGUUCCCAGCGCGGAGACCGCGAUUCAGAGAUAGCAGCUGUUAUCCGCGAUACUGACAUGCUUGAAUGCACAAUGGCCGGCAAGCCAUUCAAAGUCGGGCGAUUCGCUCACACUUUGAGAGUUCGGCUCAUGCGCGAACAUAUCGGAGUCGACGUUGACGCGAUGCAUGAAGAUGACCUGAUGGCCUAUGAACCUACCAAAGCUCCUGAUGAACAGAGCGAGUGGGAUCCGGAAGACGAGGAAGAGCACGGCAAGGAAACAGGUGUGACACAUAUCGGCAAGAGGCAGAAGCGGACUGCGAUGGGCAGCCUCUUCCGCGACACCCUGGACGGUGUGGAGCAAGCGAUUCACGGAACGGGCGAGGCUGGCAAUAAAGACCUCGGCAUGCUUUUACGCAAGACCGGUAUCAAAAGCAAGGGCCUGGACCUCACAACAGACGAGCGGGGCCUGGUCGCGGAACGACAGAUGUACAACCGUGAGGGCGAACAAGAGUCUGGCUUUCCUAGUUCAAUCGUACCGACUCUGGAGGAAAAGACCGUCGCCGAAAAUCGCCCACCGGAGUCUCAGGCUAUCGGCCACCCUAUCGAGGCCGAAUUGAAGCAGGAGGGAGUGUCUGGUGGUGCAGGGCAACCCGAGGAAGUACGAAUGUCAGAUGGAGAACUUCUCGGUGCACCCGCCAACGCCGCGCCCAAUCCUCAGAUGGACAGGGAACCUCCUCGUGCCAAGGACGCAAGCGACGACGCUGUUGGAGAGGAGGAGGUGUUACCAGGCAUCCGUUCACUUCUCAGGAAACAGGUAGCAGCGAAGCUAGGUCAGAAACCUUGGACGCUUCCUACUCCUACGCCACGAGUAGAUCCAGAUGGCUUUGAGGAUCCGGUCUGUGAUGAGUUCUGGAAGAACGUCUGGUUGGCAUGUGCCGUGCAUAAUACGGAAAUCUAUAGGAAAGUGUUCCAUGCCGUUCCCGAUGAUCUCGUCACAACAUGGAAGCAGUAUAGAGAGUUCAUUGCACAUCACGACCGGCUCAACCAACCUGUGAGGGAAUCAAGUUCCCGUGAACCGCUCGGCCGUAUUCCGUCAGAAUCAAGGGAUCAAGAUGCACCAGGCCAGACACCCCUCUCCGAGACUACUGUCCAUUCCGUAGACUACGCACAUCUCGACAGCGCCGGUCACCACGACACACCUAGCAAAGAGCAUGCCAACGGGGAUGCCCAGACGUCGUCCAACUCGACAACUCCACCUGCUACCGCGCCCGAAGACAAGACACGAGGACGCAAGACUUCUCGUACGGCGGAGCCUUUCGACGAAUCCGAGCGAGAAGAAAUGGAGCACCUACUGCAGGAGCUACGUGGUCACUUAGUCAUUUACCCCACCCGAUUCUUGGAAGGAGAAGAUGCCGCAAAUAAUUUCUUGUUCAAUGCUGACAGACUCAUGCCCCUACCUAUUUACAACUGACAAGAGGACUCUGACAGGGACACUUCGCACACCAGGACACUACGCACGUUCACUCCAGGUCAUCGACUAAUCUCGUUGUAUAGUAGUAGCACUGAUUACCCUGAUCAUCCGACCUUUCCACAGGUCAAUAAUCCUUGUUCAUAGUACUGUCUCAGUGUUGAGAUGCAUUAACGUAUUCAUUGGCCGCGUUACUUGGCUACCGUCGUCGUUCGUGUGCGCUCCGUUGACAG